AUGGGUCUCUUCACCAGUUUCCUCGACAAGUUCUGCGAGCACUGCUCGUCGCAGUCCAUUUUCACCCUUGUCUCGGUUGGCGCAUUGUCGUUCAUCGCAUUGGCCGUCGUGAUCAAUGUGCUGCGCCAGCUGCUCUUCAAGAACCCCCACGAGCCCCCAGUCGUCUUCCACUGGUUCCCCUUCGUUGGCAGCACCAUCAGUUACGGUAUCGACCCGUACAAGUUCUUCUUCAAUGCCCGCGAAAAGUACGGUGACAUUUUCACCUUCAUCCUCCUUGGCAAGAAGACCACCGUGUACCUGGGCACCAAGGGCAAUGAAUUCAUUCUGAACGGCAAGCUGCGCGAUGUGUGCGCCGAGGAAGUUUACUCGCCCUUGACCACCCCCGUUUUUGGAAGCAAUGUCGUCUAUGACUGCCCUAACUCCAAGUUGAUGGAGCAGAAGAAGUUCGUGAAAUUCGGUCUCACUUCUGAGGCACUUCGAUCCUACGUGCGCUUGAUCACCGACGAGGUCAACGACUUCGUCAAGACCUCCCCCGCUUUCCAGGAGUCCAAAGGCACCUUCGACGUUACUAAGGUCAUUGCGGAAAUCACCAUCUACACUGCGUCGCGCUCCCUGCAGGGCAAGGAGGUUCGGGACCGAUUCAACUCUACCUUCGCCGAGAUGUAUCACGACCUCGACAUGGGUUUCGCCCCCAUCAACUUCAUGCUCCCCUGGGCCCCGCUCCCUCACAACCGCAAGCGUGACGCUGCCCAGCGCAAGCUGACCGAGACCUACAUGGAUAUCAUUCGCCAGCGUCGCGAGGCCGGUGGCAAGAAGGACUCCGAGGAUAUGGUCUGGAAUCUGAUGUCGUGCACCUACAAGAAUGGUACCCCGGUUCCCGAUGAGGAGGUCGCCCACAUGAUGAUCGCCUUGUUGAUGGCUGGUCAGCACUCGUCCUCUUCGACCGCUGCUUGGAUUGUUCUGCGCCUGGCCACCUGCCCUGAGAUCAUUGAGGAACUCUACCAGGAACAGCUCCGUGUGUUGGGUCAGGAUCUGCCUGAUCUGACUUAUGAGACCCUCCAGAAGCUGGACCUGCACUCCAAGGUUAUCAAGGAGACCCUUCGUAUCCACGCGCCCAUCCACUCCAUCAUUCGUGCUGUCAAGAACCCCAUGCCCGUCGAGGGAACUCCCUAUGUCAUCCCCACUACCCACAACGUUCUCUCUUCGCCCGGUGUCACUGCCCGGUCCGAGGAGUACUUCCCUGAGCCGCUGAAGUGGAACCCCCACCGUUGGGACGAGGCCAAUGCUGCCAAGGAGGAGGAGGACGAUGACGAUGAGAAGAUCGACUACGGCUACGGUUUGGUGAGCAAGGGUACCAACAGCCCCUACCUGCCAUUCGGAGCCGGUCGUCAUCGCUGCAUCGGUGAGCAGUUUGCCUAUGUCCAGCUGGGCACAAUUCUGGCCGCUCUGGUCAGGCAAUUCAAGUUCUCCAACCCUCCCAAUUCCGCCGGUAUUCCGGAAACAGACUACUCGUCCCUGUUCUCCAAGCCCCUGGGCAAGUCGUUUGUCCGCUACGAGAAGCGUGGCAUCAAGGAAUAG